AUGCCCUGCUUCAAGGGGCUUGCCGUGAGCAUCCACACCCCAGAUGGGCCGAUCUCCGAGUACUCGAUCCAGCGACAGUCCCGCGCGUCACGCAUAGCAUGCUUCAUCCCCGUCCCCCCACCCAAGAUCCCCGACUCUGCAACAGGCAAGUCGGAGCAAUCGACUUUCGCCAUCUCCAUCACGCUUCUCAAUUCGGGCCAGGACGUGCCCUACUCGACGCCCAAGCCAACUCCCGAUAACCCCUCCCCGAAACCAAAGGUGGUGGGCGGAUUGCCUGGUCAGUCUGGACAGCGGGGACAAUAUACAGGCACAGUUGCGCCAUAUCAGGCGUUAACCAACUCGCCCAAUGAGACGAUCGCCGCCUACAUCUAUUUCGACGGCAGAAAGAAGGAGGAAGUGGCUACAUUGCUCCGGAGGGGCGAGGAGACCUGGGUGAAUUCCCGUUGGGUCAGCAUCUCCGAUUCAGAGGGCGGAGGAAUCGCCGAGCGCGAGUUUUUGUUCCGCGAGGUCGGUCUGGAGCGUUGGCUCAACGGCCUAGACCUCGAGGGCAAAGAUGCUGCGGCCAAAAUCGAACGGCGGCGACAGAAGAUGGAGAAACGACGAGCGAAACGGGAAUCCGAGGGCCAAACUGCCAUGGAAAUGGAGGCCACCAUCUCCAAGAAGUCCAAGGGUAUCAUGCGCUACGGCAAUGAUGAGAAAGCGCCACUCGAAAAUGUGUCCGACGAAGAUCUCUCUUCUGAUUCCGAAUCUGACGACGACCCGAUCCCCGAGACAGCCGGCCAGAUCAAGGUGGCUCUAUUCCGGGUGCUAGCGUCCGGAGAGAUCAAGCGGGGCGAGUAUUCGCCGCAAUUCGACGCCAACGACGAUGACGAGGAAGGCGGACAGGACAAGAGCGGUGGUGGAGAUGCGGAUAUCGACCAUACCACCAGUUUUGCGAAGCCCAAGACUUUGGAUCCGAAGACCAUCAGCACACAGACGGUUACCGGAAUUGACCCCACUGAUAAACCCUACGCCAUCUUCACUUUCAUGUAUCGAGGCGAGCGCCAACUCCAAAAGAUGGGCAUUCUGAAAGACCCCAAGGCCCAAGAAACUCCAGCCCUGAAACGCAAAUCGCUGCAGGCAGACUUCUCUAAUAUCGGUCCCCUUAAGCCUGGUGGAGGUGUGGGAUUCUUGAACUUCCGAGACCAAGAAUCCAGUACGCGAAAGCAUAAGAAGGGUGACGAUGACAUGGAUAGUGACGACGACGACACUGACAACCCGAUUCUGGGUAAGGCGGAUGACGACGAAGCCAAGGAUGAUGACCAGCAUUUGUCUCCGGACGACAUCAGACGCCAGGGUGAACUUGCAGAAGGUGUCCGGAAGAUCAAACUCAAGCGCCAGCACUCGUCCGAGCCUCUUGCAGAUAGUGCCGGCAACUCCACUGGCACUCCGGCUUCUGGCACCCCGCCCCCUCCAACCUCUGACCUGGCGACAACACCACCCAAAAGUACAGCCAUCACCGAAUCUGCUCAGCUUCCUGGUGAUCUGCCAGAUGGAUUCCUUGGGAGUCCGCUGAAGAAACAGCGAGCCAGUGUUUCGCAAGCGGAUGAGAACUCCCUGCGCCGGCGAAUUGCCGAGUCAUCCAACAAGAUCAACGACGUUCUUGGGGCUUCUAACACUAACGAGUCCAAGACCCCGAGUGGGAGCUCAUUUGGCGAGAGUCUUGGGUCCCAACCACCACCACCUGCUGCUGCGUCGCAGAACCAAGACGAGGAGUUGUGA